CGCAAGAAAUCUCUGCGUCCAUGACUCCCACAAGAAUGGCGGAUUUCUUUCUUCUUUCACAUUUCUGUGACAUUAUGUUCACAAACCAAAGUCAAUCUUGCCUGCUUCAAAUUUCCACAACCAGAAAAGAAACAAGAAACAGGGAAAGGCAAACCUUCUAGAACAAAACCCUUCUUCUUCUUCUCUCUCUCUCUCUCACACACACACACUCUAUAAAAUGCCAAUGUGAGAGACACCGAAGACACCCAUUCUUUCUCAGGACAGAGAGAGUCCCUCUCCUCUCCUCUCCUCUCCUCCCCUCCCCUCCCCUCCCCUCCCUCAAGCAUCACCAUGGACAACGGCCUCCUUCCUAAAUCCUUUCUCUUCUUCACGCUCUUCCUCUUCAUCGCUACCACAGGCGUCGCUGGUGCCAAGGAUCCCGGCCACCGAUUACCAAGGCCAAGGCCGCUGAGGAAAGAGAAAGUGACCCGCCUCCGCUUCUACUGGCACGACGUGGUGAGCGGCAAGAAUCCGACCAGCAUCACCAUCGUGCAGGGCCCCUCUCUCAAUUACUCCACUGGCUUCGGCUCCGUUCAGAUGAUCGACAACCCGCUGACCGAGGGGCCGGAGCUGACGUCCAAGCAAGUGGGGAGGUGCCAGGGGAUCUACGCAUCGGCGUCGCAGCAGGAUCUGGGGCUGCUGAUGAGCAUGAACCUGGUGUUCACGGAGGGGAGGUACAACGGCAGCACUCUCAGCAUCAUCGGCCGGAACUCGGUGUUUCACAAGUUGAGGGAGAUGCCGGUCGUCGGCGGCAGCGGCGCCUUCCGGAUGGCCAGAGGCUAUGCCCUGCUCAGGACGCAUUGGCUCGACAUGAACACCGGCGAUGCCUCCGUGCAGUACGAUGUGGUUGUCGUGCAUCACUGAGUCGGUGUCGGCCGGCCGGCCGGCUGUUGCCCUCCGAUACCAAAAUGCUUUGCUUUUAUGGGAAACUUUUUGUUUCAGGGGAGGACUCUAUCGUUCUUUCGCUGUCAGGAUUAGAAUGUUUGCCAGAUAUUGUAUGCCAGACUCGCUUCCUAAAGUUAAAAAAAAAAAGGAAUCGAGACAUCAAACGGGCAGGAUACUUAAUUGACCAAACAAUUUUGUUUUU